AUGACGGCUACCAAGAACUCAAAUAAGUCAUUUUCCCUUUCAGGAUCAGACUUCGAUCAGUACGAGACCGCUUCAUGGCCAAUAUACAACGUAUCGAUGCCCGCCUGUAAUUCCUCUGUGGAUACUGGGGACUGGAGAGUCCGUCUGUGGGAAGGACCCUGGUGGAACACAGAGGGGUGGGAUGCUUUCAGUUAUCCCGAAUUCCGUGCUAACUUUGAUGGCAAACAUGCCAACUUGACGCUUGACGGGUCAUACUUUGCGAAUUCGAUCGUGAAAAAUGGAAUUUCUCCUGCUGCGGAUCCGGGUAGCAUAAUGGGACGGAUUCAGAUGCGAUUCAGUGGGAUUUUGGAUGCAUAUCACUCGGAUGUCCUGGACGUCAACUCGUCAACCCCGACAUGGCUUCGCACAGUUGGGUUCGGGAAUAAUUCCUUAAACAUUGCGAAUGACUCUAAGGGUACCAGCCUGUCAAAACCACACCAGUGGAUACUUCUUCCUUUCCUUUUUGUUCUGGCUUUCAUGCUUUACUAG